CAAACGCGAUGAAGCACAGAAUCAGAAGACAGUUGUCCACGGCAGUCAUGCACGAGUACAUGUUGUACACCGAUGUUCUUCUAGAGGGUUCCUCCGCUGAUGCAGCCGAAAGUUUUCUGAUGAAUCCCACGUUUCUACCGUACUCACUUGCCCUAAACUCGACCCUGAGAGUCACUCUAGUGCAGCUUUCAAUAACUACAGAGUGCAACGUUACGGAUACAGUGAAGUCUUGCGCUUGCAAAGCAGGGUACCGAUGGAAUAUCACCGUGUGCCACGUGUACCAGGCUUGUAACGGCUCCUCGUUCUGCUCCUGCAUUCUCGUGCCGGACGAUAAUAUCCCUUUCUGUGAGCGAGAAGUCAUUGUUACCACGCAGAAGGUGAACCUUACAGGAUCCUUUACACUUAAUGAAAUAUUUACAGUGGAUCUCCAAGACCAAACCAGCCCAUUAUACAAAGCGAAGGCGUACAAUAUAACACUGGCCCUGCUUGAUGCUUAUACAAGAAACUGCAACCUCUUGAAUGUAUCGGUGGUUGGAUUCAGCCCAGGAAGUGUCGUCGCGAAUUACAGGAUGAUGGUGGCUGCUCCGGUGUCCUCCCAGCUGCUGGAAGCCAAUAGCCUUUUGGCCGUAGAGUCCAUUCCCAAUGCUAUCUCAUCCCAGCUCUCUACAUCAGGUAUUUCUGCAAUACAACCCGAACAGCUGACAGUCAAAUACUGGGAUAGAAUUCAACUGAGUUGCCAAAUCAACGAAACAUUGUUAACGGUGAACUGGACUCUGGUGAACAAUAACAGCAGUAACAUCAUCUACAGUGCCGGAGGGAACGUCGACAUAUCCACCCGGGUUCUAUCAAACGCCGCAAUCUCUACACUUACGAUUAUUAAGGCAGACCAGUGGUGGCAAGGGACGUAUGUCUGCCAGUUUUUUAACGGCAGCUUGGUUCACGAAGCAAAAGCGCAAGUAAACGUUACUCUCCUUCCCACCGAGAUCUUCGUCAACCCCAUUCAAAAGAGUCUGUCUGCUGGAGAGACCUCCCAGCCGGCGUUAGAAUGCUGCGUGCCGUUUGAUGGGGAAACGUAUGAUGUCUCCUGGUCUUAUGGCAACGUCACACAGGAGGCGCAGCCUAGUAAAAGGACCGAUUUACGGUGUUAUACGCUGGCUCCCCCUCCUCCGGCACAAGAUACAAUUUAUAGUUGCGUAUUCACCAAUAACGCAGGACAAAAAAAGGAAAACUCCAUUUCUAUCACCGUGAUCCAAGCCGAAGACCCGUUUUGUACCGUUAAUGUGAGCAGCGGCGUUACCUGGAACGUCACAAAGGCCGGUACUAGGGCCACGGCGAACUGCCCUAGUGGGAGAACUGGAAACUUGACUAGGCAUUGUUCACUCGGUGGAGUGUGGCUUACGGUACAAGACAACUGCAUCAGCCAGCUUCUGCAGUCUGUUCUAGACAGUGCAAAGGCUUUGGAUCAAGGUCUAGGAAGCUCUCAAGUAAAAGUCCCAGAAAUAAUACAGCAAUUGUCAAGCACGGAGGGGACGAGUAUGACUAACGCUGCGGAGGUGUCUGCGUUAGUGAACAUUCUCGAGACCAUCGCAAAGGUGUCUGCAAAUGGAAACAGCGUCUUUGAUUCAACUGUAGUAACAAAUUUCCUCUCUGUCGCAAGUAACCUCACCGAUACAACCCACUCGUCGCUUUGGAAACAGGACAACAGCCCGCAAGCCUCUCAAGUCUUGCAGUCGGUAGAACGCUUCAGUCUGCUACUACAGGCAGAAAAUGGGACCAUAGACAUUGUUCUACCCAACAUCCAGCUGAAGGGCAGCUCGUACCAGAGAGGAAGCCCGGCGGGACAUUACGAGAAGACCUUCGACACGGAUCUUGGAGUGAGCGCGGUAAUCGGAAAGCAAACCAUAUCUUCGCUGCUGGACCAAAAUAAUGUGACCAUCACAAGCGUGGUGUUUAACACCAUCGGAAAUCUGCUGCCUGCAAAUACCGGCAAAUUUAACAAUCACCAGUUAAACAGCAUCGUCCAGUCCACUUCCGUCAGACUGUCAGACUCUUCCUCCUUUUCCGGAGACAUCUUUAUGACGUUCGGAAUAAACAACUCAGACGCCGAAUAUUCUCAGCGUUGUGUUUUUUGGGACUUUCAGUCCAAUCCGCCUUCGGGGGGUAGUUGGUCAGAUUCCGGCUGCACGUCCAAAGUGGAACGCAACAAAACCUUUUGCAGUUGCACCCAUUUGACAUCCUUUGCGGUACUGAUGUCCAUAAACGUGGAGCCUUUGAUUUUAAUCGAGGAGAUUACGUUGGUGGGGUUGGGGGUGUCCAUCCUCUCUCUUUGCGUUUGUGUCUGCAUUGAAUGGGCCGUGUGGAAAUCCGUCGUUAGGACCAACAUCUCCUAUUUCCGCCACAUCUCGCUCGUCAACAUCUCCUUGUCUUUAAUGUUCGCUGACGUCUGCUUCUUGUCUUCUGCGUUUCCAGCCGUGAAGACGCACAGAUACAUCUGCCUUUCCAUCACUUUCUUGAAUCACUUCUUCUACUUGGCCCUGUUCUUCUGGACGUUCUGCCAAAGCAUGAUGCUCCUCCACCAACUCCUCUUCGUUUUCCACCACCUCAGGAAGAAGGUUUACGUUUCUUUCGCGUAUUUCAUGGGAUACUUUAUUCCCGCCUUUAUAGCCGCCGGUACUUUUUUGUACUUUAAACCUAAAGAGACGUACAUGCACGAAAAGGUUUGCUGGCUGAACCCUGGAAGUGGAGCCAUCUACGCGUUUGCCAUUCCGGCUGGAUCGAUCAUUGUGUUUAAUUUCAUUACGCUUAUCGUCGUCAUCGCUAAGUUGUCCCGACCCUCGGUGUCGGACGCCAACACUCCUGAAGACAGGGAAACGGCUAAGAGCAUCCUGAAGGCCAUCCUGGUGUUAACGCCGGUUUUUGGAUUAACGUGGUCAUUUGGAUUCGCCCUGCUGACCGAUCUUGAUAAUCUUACGAGACAGGUUUUCACGUAUGGAUUCGCAGGAAUGAACGCUUUUCAGGGGUUCUUUAUUUUGCUGACUUGUCUAACAGAAAGAAAGGUGCGGGAGGCGCUCUGCUCCAAGGUUUCCUCAACUCCAACCUCCACAACCACCGUGAUGUCCGUCUCUGAGGCUCCAAGCAAAACAGGUUCCUCGUUGAAGAAAGAAAAGUAGCGCUGGAAAUAUGAAAAGCGGGACGCAGCAGACCGCAGGCAACUAACACACGGCUAACAAUAAAUGAACGGAAGAGGACUUCUCCUGGAUACAAAGAUUCUAGAUUAGGGUGUUUAACAGAAAUGUCCGCAACAAGUCAAUGGACUGCUGGUCGGUGGGGUUUAUUCACUAUACACAGAAUGUUAGGAAACAGCCUAGAUUCACUCAAAAUACACACCUCUUUACUUAACCCUGCUUGGAGAAAUCCUAAUGUUA